AUGGCUCCUCAACUUCACCAGAGACCUCCUUUCCGCGCCGAGCACUUGGGCUCACUUCUUCGUCCCCAGCAGCUUCUGGACGCCAAGACUGCUCAAGAGAAGGGCGAGAUUUCCGAGGCUAAGCUCGCCGAGGUGGAAGCCCACGAAAUCAAGAAAAUUGUUGACAUUCAGAAGAAACUCGGCUAUGGCGCACCAUCCGAUGGCGAGUACUGCCGCCACAUGUUCUGGGGCACCUUCUUCCCCGGUCUGGAUGGCUUUGAGGAGGUCACCGAAUUCGACCAAGACAUCUUCCGCCCUUAUGCCCCCGAUAUUGCCGCAUUCCUCGAGGCCGGCCACAAGCCCGGUGAGACCGUUCUCUGCACGGGCAAGAUUAAGCACGUCGGUAGCACCUAUGUCGACCAGUUCAAGUACUUGGCUAGCCUGGUGCCCAAAGACGAGGUCAAGAACCUGAAGAUCACUCUUGCUGCACCCAACUGGUACCACCUGCGUUACCGCGAGGGCAAGGCCUACCCCAAGGAGGUGUACAGCUCCGAUGAGGAGUACUUUGGCGACAUCGCCAAAGCCUACCAGGCCGAGCUGAAGAUCCUGUACGAUGCCGGCUGCCGCAACGUGCAGUACGACGACCCCAACCUGGCCUACUUCUGCUCCGAGAAGUUCCUGAACGGCUUUAAGGAAGACUCCGCCAAUGUGUACAGCGCGGACGACAUGUUCGAGAAGUACAUCAAGCUGUACAACGACUGUUUCAUCAACCUGCCCGCCGACAUGCACGUCGGAGUGCACCUGUGCCGCGGCAACUUCGUCGGCAGCCGCCACUUCUCCGAGGGCGGCUACGACCGUAUCGCCAUCAAGCUCUUCCAGGAGCUGAACGUGCACACAUACUACCUCGAGUACGACACCGAGCGUGCCGGUGGCUUCGAGCCGCUCAAGCACCUCCCCACCCACAAGAACGUCAUCCUGGGCGUUGUCACCAGCAAGUUCGCCACCAUGGAGGAUAAGGAGGAGAUGAAGAAGCGUGUCGUCAACGCUGCUAAGAUCAUUGCUGAGGGCAACAACAUCUCGCUGGAGGCUGCGCUCAACCAAGUCGGUGUUAGCCCGCAGUGUGGCUUUGCUUCGCACCAUGAGGGUAACGCUAUUGACUGGAACGGCAUGAUCAACAAGCUCAAGCUGGUCCGUGAGAUUGCCAACGACGUCUGGCCCAACCAGCUUUAA